AUGACCACAAAUAGGGACCAAACCAGUGGUGAUAUACUUACCAACAAAACGGUUCACUUAAACGAUAUUAUCAAAAAGGAUCUGGCUAUUAAUGUGGUAGACGACGGCAAAGUGGGUCACUAUGUGCUGAAUGAGCUACCGGUGCAGCCCUACCGAGUGGACAGUGAGCACUGUUUUCUGAAUCUUCGAAAUAGAGGCGAUUUGUCGUCGUUUGAGUGGUUUGAAUGUCAACACAAGUAUUGGCCGCUCAACAGGAAAGCCAACGAAAAGUUGGUUCAUAUCUACUACUCGGCACUCAAUUUUAAGGAUAUUAUGUUAGCCACGGGUCGACUCCAAUCGGAAUCACCUACGGGUGAGACGGAAUGCCUCAUUGGUUUCGAGUUCACGGGAACCGAUGAAAACAUGAAUCGCGUGAUGGGAAUGAUACCAUCGAAAGCCUUGGCCACUACUUGUGUGGUCAGGGAUCAGGACUUCCUGUGGCCGAUACCGGACCACUGGUCUAUGGAAGAGGCAGCUACCGUUCCCUGUGUGUACGCCACCGCCUAUUACGCCCUAAUAAUUAGAGGCAAAUUGAGGGCCAAUGAGAAGGUGUUAAUCCACUCGGGAAGCGGU